AUGAUAUCAUUCUGUCAAAUUAUUCUAAACGACCAACUCACGCAAAAAUUGUGCAAGUGGGCUUUUGUCGGUCCGUACAACAAUAAUAAACGCAAGAAGAAGUGCGGAUCGCCUUCCCCAUCGCUGUGCUGUGGCUGUUCCGUUCAUUGAUUUUGUGGCCGAAGAUUUGAUAUUGUUUGUUGCAGUGGUGUCGAGUGGCGAACGCGGAUAUUGCACUGCACUUACGUGUACCACCUCCCAAGAUGACUACCACGCAGGGUACGGGCUCGCUGGACAAUCUGCAUCUGGCACCGCUUCGUUCGCUGAGCGACUUUCUGCUAGAGUCGGCUCGCUUUCAGCUGCCCAACUUCCAGGACUGGGAAAAGUGGGGCAACAGGGUGGUGAACAAUUUGCUCUACUACCAAACCAACUACUUCCUGAUGAGUGCGGCCGUCUUUCUGCUCGUUGGCCUGAUCCACCCGAUGAAGGUGCUGCUCGGGCUCACCAUCAUUGUGGCGCUCGUGUACGUGUUUGUACGAUUCUUCGCCCAGGACGCACGCCGCUCCGUCGGGGCCGACCCAAACCAGCAGCCGAACAAGUGGGCUGUGCUGGCGGGCACUGUGGCCGGCAGCUAUCUGGUACUGUACCUGUUUGAUUCCGUACUCAUUGUAGCAUUUGCCAUACUGCUGCCUUUCUCGCUAACCUUCGUGCAUGCAUCGUUGCGGCUGAGAAAUAUUAAGAACAAAAUCACCAAUGCAGUGGAAAUUGUCGGCGUGAAGCAAUCUCCGAUGGGACAAUUCCUCGAAGCAAUGGGUUUGAUGCCAACGGCAUUCUAAACAUUAAAUACUUAUCCAGUGAGUGUGGACGGUAGAAACGGUCUCGUCUCGUGCACGGGAGAGAACAUUUAUUUUGCUUUUUCUCGUGAGGCGAUAAUUCGAGUGUGUUUUUAUUACCAUUUCCGCCAUUAACAACAAUUUUGCAAAACGUUCAAUCAAGAAUGGCACUGAAUGAGCGAACAGAGAAGGGGUUGGUUGCUACGCAUAUUGAGAGUAUCGAAUGCUUGUAUAAAACAAUACAUUACACGUCCCAUUGUGAAGCUGCUAGUCAAAACAAAACAAAAUGUAUCGACCGAUCAUAGUGUUUCUCUUUUGCUCUGAAUAAAAUAAGAUUAAAAUAA